AUGGUCGAUAGUAAAGUCCCGCAGCCAGGACCGGCCAAAUUAAAGCGCAAUGCCGGUCCCGACGAAUGGUUAGAGGCUGCGAAAGAUUGCAAGUAUCUUUCAGAGCAGCAUAUGAAACAACUAUGUGAGAUUGUGAAGGAGUACAUGAUGGAAGAAUCGAACGUACAACCGGUCUCGACGCCCGUCACAAUCUGCGGAGAUAUCCAUGGCCAAUUCUACGAUCUACUGGAGCUUUUCCGCGUCUCGGGCGGCAUGCCAGACGAGUCUAUGGUCGAACCCCCAAAAACAUCACCCGCCGGAUCGAACGAGGUGACGCUAAAUCGGAACUUUGUCUUCUUGGGUGAUUAUGUCGACCGAGGCUACUUUAGUCUGGAGACUUUGACAUUAUUACUAUGCUUGAAGGCCAAGUAUCCGGAUCGAGUAACGCUGGUGCGUGGGAAUCAUGAGUCCCGACAGAUCACGCAAGUCUACGGCUUCUAUGAAGAGUGUUUUCAGAAGUACGGCAAUGCAUCGGUCUGGAAAGCUUGCUGUCAGGUCUUUGACUUCAUGACACUUGGGGCCAUCAUUGAUGGCAGGGUGCUCUGUGUACAUGGUGGCCUAAGCCCCGAGAUCAGGACCUUGGACCAAGUUCGUGUGGUGGCAAGAGCCCAAGAAAUUCCGCAUGAGGGUGCUUUCUGCGACCUGGUCUGGUCCGACCCUGAUGAUGUAGAGACAUGGGCUGUCAGCCCAAGAGGCGCUGGUUGGCUGUUUGGAGAUAAGGUGGCAGAUGAGUUCUGUCACGUCAAUGACCUGACACUAAUCGCCCGUGCGCACCAACUGGUGAACGAGGGAUACAAGUACCACUUUGCGAACCAAAAUGUGGUGACGGUGUGGAGUGCGCCUAACUACUGCUACCGAUGUGGCAACCUGGCAUCGGUCUGUGAGAUUGGUGAGGAUCUCAAACCGACAUUCAAGCUCUUUAGUGCUGUCAGCGAUGACCAACGGCAUGUGCCCACAUCGCGGCCGGGCCGUAGCGAGUACUUCUUGUAA